GCCCGCUGAUGGGCAGAGGCGGCAAGAGCCACUCGCUGCCCACGCCGUCGUCCUCUUCGACUUCGCUGCAGCAACACCAGCACCAGACGCCUCCUGCUUCCCCCAAACAGCCGCCGCCGCCGCCGCCGUCUCGAGGCAGCCCGCCCGGCCACUGCUUCAAGAGGGUCACCCUCACCAAGCCCACCUUCUGCCACUAUUGCACCGACUUCAUCUGGGGGUUGGCGGGCUACCUCUGCGAAGUUUGCAAUUUUAUGUCUCAUGAGAAGUGCCUGAAGUAUGUGAAGAUACCUUGCUCAUCUAUCGCUCCAAGUCUUGUAAGGGUUCCAGUUGCACAUUGUUUUGGACCCAUAGGACAUUACAAGAGAAAGUUCUGUUCUGUGUGCAGAAAGCAGUUGGAAAGUCCAGCAUUUCGUUGUGAAGUAUGUGAGAUACACGUACACACAGACUGUGCCCCCUUUGCUUGCAGUGAUUGCCGUCAGUGCCAUCAAGACGGUCAUCAAAAUCAUGAUAUGUACCAUCAUCACUGGAGGGAGGGAAACCUUCCAUCAGGCUCACGUUGCAAAGUUUGUAAGAAAACCUGUGGCUCUUCUGACGUGCUCUCGGGUAUGAGAUGUGAAUGGUGUGGCAUCCUGGCUCAUGCCGCUUGCUGUGUGAUUGUGCCUCCUGAGUGUACUUUUGGAAGAUUAAGGAACAUGAUUCUUCCUCCCAGUUGUGUGCGAUUAUUUUGUCGGAACUUCAGUAAAAUGCACUGUUUCCGAAUAUCAGAAAGCAUACAAGCAGAGCCAGAUGAUGACGAUGAUGUUGAUAGUUCAGCACAAUCAUCAUCAAAAGAAUCCCAGGUUUCAGCAGAUUCAAGUAAACAAAUGUUAAAAAUAUAUGAUGGGAAUGAUGCAGUAAAACGUAAUCAGUACCGUCUUAUUACAGUUCCGAGGAUUGCAAAAAAUGAAGAAGUUGUGGAGGCUGCACUGAGGGCAUACUACAUCAGUGAUGAUCAACAAGAUUACGAACUUCAGACAUUCACUCAGCAGGCCUUGUUUUGUGACGACAUCAUUAAUAGGAAUGAUACAAUUGAAGAGACGCAGCCGGGGUCUGUCUUCCGAGAAGCAGUUCCUGAGGCGUGGGUUAUCAGAGCUAAACCUAAGGAGAAUGAAGUCAUAAAGAUUUAUCCCGGCUGGCUGAAGGUUGGAGUGGCCUGUGUCUCAAUACGCAUAAAUAAGGGAAGCACCACCGAAAUGGUGAUUAAAGAAGUUCUUCCACUACUUGGAUACCAGUCAGAUUGCUUCCAAAACUUCAAAUUGGUGGAGAUCCUGAUGGGCUCCAGACAAGUUCAGCGAAUGGUGCUGGAUGACCAUGAAUCAAUUAUCGGCAGGUUACAAGACAUCAGAAAGACAUCGUUACGUCAGAUGAACCAAACAAGAUUUUACAUUGUAGAAAAUAAUAUAUCAACUGUGCGGGUCCAUCUGUUUGUUGGCGGUCUGCCACUCCAUCUUACUACAGAAGAAUAUACAAAAAUCCUCAAAGAUGAAUUAGCCAUCAAAACCAAUUUAGUUUCUAUGAGUCACAUAUAUUCAUCUCAAGGUGCUGUUGUACUAGAAAUUACUUGUUUUUCCGAAGCUGAAAGACUGUAUAUGUUAGUUAAAGAUACUUUCAUCAAUGACAAGGCAUUAACUGCAGUUAUUCUCCCUGAAAUUCUGCAAAAUAAGCUUCCUCAGAACUGCUGUCCUUUACUUGUAUUUGUGAAUCCCAAAAGUGGAGGUCUUAAAGGUCGGAAUUUGCUGUACAGUUUCCGAAAACUGUUGAAUCCUCAUCAGAUCUUUGAACUAACAAAUGGAGGUCCACUGCCUGGAUUUCACACCUUCUCUCAAAUUCCAUAUUUCCGAAUAUUGGUAUGCGGUGGUGAUGGCACAGUUGGAUGGGUCCUUGGUGCCCUGGAAGAGAUCAGGCACAAGCUCGCCUGCCCUGAACCAUCUGUGGCUAUUUUGCCUUUAGGAACAGGUAACGACUUAGGGAGGGUCCUGCGUUGGGGUGCUGGCUACAGUGGCGAAGAUCCGUACUCCAUUCUGAUAUCUGUAGAUGAAGCUGACGAUGUUCUGAUGGAUCGUUGGACCAUCCUUUUAGAUGCUCAAGAGGCACUGGAAAGCUCAGAAAAUGGUGUUUCAGAGCCAGAACCUCCUAAGAUUGUACAGAUGAAUAAUUAUUGUGGCCUUGGAAUUGAUGCAGAGCUGAGUCUAGGUUUCCAUCAUGCAAGGGAAGAAGAGCCAGACAAAUUCAAUAGCAGGCUACACAACAAAGGAGUCUAUGUAAAAGUUGGGCUGCAGAAAAUGAGCCAUACCAGGAGUCUUCAUAAAGAAAUCAAACUUCAGGUGGACCAGCAUGAAGUUGAGCUCCCAAGUAUAGAGGGUCUUAUUUUCAUAAAUAUCCCCAGUUGGGGAUCAGGUGCUGAUCUUUGGGGUUCUGAUAAUGACAAUCGGUUUGAGAAACCAAAAAUUGAUGAUGGCUUAUUAGAAGUAGUCGGUGUCACUGGAGUUGUUCACAUGGGUCAAGUUCAAGGAGGUCUCCGUUCUGGCAUCCGGAUUGCCCAAGGCUCCUACUUCCGUGUGACACUUCGGAAGCCAAUUCCUGUCCAAGUAGAUGGUGAGCCCUGGAUUCAACCACCAGGUCAGAUGAUUAUUUCUGCAGCAGGACCAAAGGUCCAUAUGUUAAAGAAAUCAAAACAGAAACAGAAGAAAACUGGAAACACAAAGGAUUCAAGAAGCGAGAGCACAUUGACUGAUGAAGCAGGGCACUGAUGGGAGAUACUCAAGAGUCCAAAUGCUGCACAUCUACUGUAGAUGACAUCUGUCUGGCAAAAUACUGUUGCAUAGUUCAGGUCGUUUAUGAGCCUGUCUUCUUGUUCCAUGUUCAUUGUUCAGUAGCCAUGUAACUGACAUGAGACUAUGGUUGUACCCAGGAGUGGAUCGGAGGAGUUUGUAUUAGGGAGCCUUUUAGAAAAGUACAUUCUUUCUCCUUUUUCAGCCACUCUGUUGAAGGAUUUAAGCUAGUCCAGAGAAAAAUAAAUAACUUGAGUGAAAAUCAAAAAGAACCCAUAAUAUCAUUUGGGAACUAGUUCCUGAAGUAGGGUAGAGUUAUGAUGACUUAAUCCAGGAACGCAAUCCAGACUCUGUUCCACUGGGCCGGCUUCAUUGCAGUUUUUUUUGACCCCUGAUCUACACAACAAGGGAUCCCAUUGCCUUUCCCUCUUCACCUGCGUGCAAUCCACAUGUUCCUCAUACUUUUUUUCAUCAAUAAUUGUUAAAACACGGAACAGAGCUCUCGUUGAAGAACUGGCAAAGAAAACGCUUAAUAGGAUGCGGGAGAAGGAAAAUUCUCCCCAUAACGGCUAACUGUGGCCUAUUCCGAGUUUUCAUCUAUGCACCACGAACACUUUCACUACACUACCACAAGAAACAUUUUGAGAGAAAAGAAAGCUCCUAUAAUUUUGACUUUUUUUUUAUAGUUUACAGAUUUUUUUUUAUAAGACCUGCAAAGCUUUCAUUUUCUAAUACAUCGCAUGUGUUUCUUUUCUCUAAUUCUGCUCUGCAAGUCAGUGUUCCCGAUUUCAGUCUUUAGCCUUCUCUUUCUGUCAGCAUUCAGACUGUUGCCGAAAUAUCAAACUCAGAAUGGGUACGAAGCACAAUGUAGUUCAACUAAUUUAUUUCAACCUUUAUUUGAUAAAUA